UUAUCCACUUCUUAUCCCGGCGGGCAAAGUUGAAGCAGAGCUAUAGAAGAUCCCAAUCCCUACCUCUUCAAGCGAGUGAGUGACAACAAAUCCAUGGCUUCCAUUACUUCUACUGCUGCAUAUUUAUGUUCUUCAACACAUGGGCGUUCACCCAUUUUCGCUUUCUCUGCAUCUGUAGUUCUAUCUCCCCAAAACUCCAAUCCUCGUCUCUCCACAUCGAUUCCUCAAUUGGGGUUUGGUUUAUUUCCGCCAUGGAAUGGCCUUAAACAUCUGGGUUUAUCAGUCAGACCAAAACCCUUGAAAAUUGGAGUAAAUAGAAGAAGCAGAGGCAAGCUUGUGUAUGCGUCUUUGUUUGGAGUUGGAGCUCCUGAAGCCCUUGUAAUUGGAGUCGUGGCUUUGUUGGUAUUUGGACCCAAAGGACUUGCAGAGGUAGCUAGGAAUCUGGGAAAAACUUUGCGUGCUUUUCAACCCACAAUCAGGGAACUUCAGGAAGUCUCAAAAGAAUUCAAAAGCACUCUUGAACGGGAGAUUGGUCUCGAUGACAUCCCGACACAGAACACAAACAGUUCUAGCAACACCAACACUACCUUCACCUCCACCUCAUCAUCAUAUGCAGACAAAGAGAAUGCAGAGGCUAUGACUGAUCCAAAUGGUGCUCCAUCUGCGGAAAGAGCAUACACUGCUGAAGAUUACUUGAAGGUUACAGAGAUGCAGCUAAAAGCAUCUGCCGCCCAACAGCAAGGACAGACACCCCUUGUAGGAGGGCAGUCUGAAGACUCUGAACCUAAAGAUCAGGCUCAAGCUCUCACUCCCGAAGUUGCCACCACUACUCCACCACAAAGCUCCAAGAAAGAGACAUGAAACUUAUCUUGGUGGAAUGAAACAAACUGAUGAAAUGCUUCAUCCAUCAAAUGCCUUGGUUAUUACCAAAUUAUCUGGAGGAGUUAGGAGUUAUGAGACCUUCUAUUUGAUGGGGAUUGAAAGACUCGGACAACUGAAUGAAUUUUGCAGAGGCAUGUAGAACAGAUAUAUAUUUUGUAUACUAGGAAAGUAGGAAUCACUUCAAGAGAGGAGGUGAUGAUACUUACUUUUUGAGUAAAAUUUAGAGCCCUAUGUACUGGGUUUAUGAGUUCCUGUGAAAUGAAUAUGCACCAUAUUGAAUUUUUUUUCCCCCA